UCACAAUUCGAACUCCCUACAUCUCUGAUUGAAGCCUACGAAAAGCAAAGCAUCUUUCUUACGACAUAGUGCAGUUUUAGGUUAUGUUUUAUUUACCAUUGUUCCCGGACUUGCAUUGCCGAGUUCAGUAGAGCAAAUCCGUUUAGUAUUCAACUAACUAUCUAUUCUCUGUUGACUGCAAUAAAACUAGAAAAUAAUAUGACGCUGUCAUCGUGUAUGUUUGACAAUUUGUAUAACAAAACAAUCAGCACACGGAAAUUGAAGCAUUGAGUUCAAAUGCGCUUAAUAAUUGAUCGUAAAAUUCGUGUUUUUUCACUUGUGUCUAUGGAAGGAAAACACUAUACAAGCAACAAUGAGAUGAUCUAUUAAGCUAGUCAUCAUAAAUCAUUGGCUGUUGAAUGUAAUGAAGUACAGAAAUCCUAAAAAUUAGAAGGGGUUAAUUUAAUUUCAUUUUUCUCAAUUUUUUUAUUGAAAGCCAAAGGUACCGUAGUAUUACAGUUUAUUGGAAAGAGGAUAUAGAAGGUAUAUUUUUUAUCAAUAUCUAAGUCUAAAUUUACUCACAUUAUAUUUGAUUUUACUUACACAAUGAAAAUUGGUGUUUUGGUUUAUCAUCCCACACACAGCACAAACAUAUUAUUAUUCAACAAAAAAAAACAUACUAGAAAUGUACAAAAUUUCAAGACUGAAUUUUUCAAUUUACACACUUCAAGUUGCUCAAUUUCAUAGAUUUUUCGAUUAUAUUAACAAUGUUGUCGGCUUUAAAUCGUGGUUAAAAACCAGUACAGAGUACACUCUACACCCCAUUCCAAUUCUUCAACCCUUUCGUUUGACUUGACAGACGACAAAAAUUUCACUAGCGCUCGUUGUGCCAAAACUGUGAAGCUUAAACAUCUGAUCGACCAUCAACUACUGUCUAUGCUCCUGGUACCUCUAUAAUCUAAUUAUCAUUGCAUUGUAUUCCCAAAACUGCAACAGCUGAUCGGAAAUUAGAGGUUAUGCCCUAGGACGAAAAAUAGUCUGUAAUUCCACCAAUAAUUGUACAAUAAUUUAUUUAAAAAAUGGGCAACCGAUUUGGUACAAUGAUGGAUUUAUAUCAUCAUCCACAAGAUGCGCCUCAUUUCAACAUGAUUCCAAAAACGGAUCCUAUGGAAGGAUUUCCCAAAGGCAGGAAAGAACGAGUGAUGGUGGCCACAGAAGAAGAGAUGAUUAGUGCCAAAUUACCGCCGGAAGAGAGGAACUAUUGCGCGCAUCUCAGGAUAGCAUUCUACCAGUGCAAGCGAAAAAACUUCCCGUUCGUAAAGCGCGCUUGCAAGCACGAGUUUCACAAUUUCGCCAAUUGUGAAUUCGAAGACUACGUCAUCAGGGCGAAAGAUUUUGAACGCGAGAGACGUCUUUUCAAGCGAAAAUUGGCAGCUGAGGCGGCGGCUCAAGGAGCUUGAAUUUAAUAUAAGCUGGUCUAGUGUUCUCAAUUCAUCUAUAGAUUCAUCAGGAAAUUUUCUAAGUACCUUAUAAAUUAUUAUAUUAGUGUUCUGUUCGUUAAAUAAAGUUACUGAAACCUCUA